AUGGCAAAAUCGAUACUUCCUGCAAAAACUUUGGCCAAACGCGCAAACACGACGGAUAUUCCUUUGCCCACCAAUGUAGAGGCAUCGCAAUACUGGGAUGGGGCCGAUGGACCUUGGUCUUCAUUCCCUCUCCAGGUUGGCACACCGGCGCAAGAUGUUCGAGUCUUCAUUUCGACAAACGGAUACACAACCUGGACCGUACGGCCACUCGGAUGCUCGGGUAUGGCAUCAUCAGUAUCUGGAUGCGAAGAAUCACGCGGUGAAUUUUUCUUAACCAACGAGUCUUUGACAUGGGUACCCAACUCCAUCUUUCAAUUGGGUUUGCCAAACGAGAUGGCCUUGGGUCUAGAUGAUGAGGCAAACUAUGGGUUCGAUACCGUCACCUUGGGAUGGCAAGGCUCUGGCGGCCCUUCAGUACAACACAGCACUAUCGCAAAUAUGGCUUACUACCAAUUCUGGCUCGGAACCUUUGGACUCAACCCACAACCAGCCAACUUCACCACCUAUACAGAUCCUCAGCCGAGUUUUAUGACACAACUGAAGAGAAACAACACUAUUCCGAGUUUGAGCUGGGGCUAUACUGCUGGCAACCAAUAUCGCUACUCCGGUGUCUAUGGCAGUCUUGUACUUGGCGGUUACGACCAAUCCAAAUUUGAGCCAACCAACUUGACAAUACCCUUCGGCCCCGAUGUCUCAAGAGAUCUCCUCGUUGGGGUACAGGCCAUCACAACAUCAAACCAUAUCGAAUUGGCAGAGCCGUCCCAAGCUUUCUACGCCUUGAUUGAUUCGACCGUUGCUUAUCUCUAUCUGCCGGAGGUCAUCUGUAGCGCUUUUGAGGAAAACUUCGGUCUUGUCUGGAACGACACUUACCAAUAUUACUUAGUCAACGACACUUUGCACAAGCAACUAUUAGCAGACAAUACAAGUGUCACAUUCACCCUUGGCCAGUCAGCAUCAGGAGGACAAACGAUCAACAUUACACUUCCUUAUUCAGCCUUCGAUUUGGAACUCGCCUUCCCGUAUGUGGCCAACUCGACUCGCUACUUCCCUCUAAAGCGUGCUGCCAACGAUACGCAAUACACUUUGGGUCGGACCUUCUUGCAAGAGGCAUACGUUGUUGCAGAUUACGAACGUCGUAAUUUUACAGUCGCUCCUUGUGUUUGGCAGCAAAAUGCAGCAUCCGAGAUUCACACGAUCUUCUCUCCGGACAGCAAAUUCUCCUCCGAUGGAAGUGGUAAGAGCAGUGGUAUCAGUGGCGGCGCUAUUGCUGGUAUUGUGAUCGGUGUGCUUGCAGUCAUUGCCAUCCUCGCGGCAGCUCUUUGGUACAUGCGUCGCAAGAAGCAACAAAAGAAGUACGCAGCUGUCGAGUUGGAAGCAAAAUCCUUCGCUGCAGCAAAAACAUCAUCUGAUCCUUCGUCGCCCGUGAAGGAGGAUCCUCAUGCAGGCGUUAAUACACCCACUGGAGGCGAACUCGAUAGCUCGAGGCAGAUUCAUGAAAUCGCUGGUGCGAGCAAACCUAAUGCAUCCGAGAUGGAUGCACCAUGGCGUGGCGAAUUGGAUGCCGCUGGUGGCCAUCACGAGUUCUAUGGCAAGCUACCGCAAAACACCUUUGAAAUGGAAGGAAACAACGAGCCUAUCUUCGAAAUGGAUGCCACGGCGACACAGUUACAUGAGUUGGAGCCCGAUACCAGGCGCCAGAGUUGGGACUCGGGCGACGAUAGAGGAGAUGAAAAGAGGUAUCUGCAGAUGCAAGGAUACUGA